UAUCAACCAGCGCCGCAAUAUUUGCCUUUUCAUAACAUGAUUCUUUUACGUGUCAUGUAGUAACUGAAAUUCUGUGUGAGAUAUACGUGUCUGCAGAAGGUAAAAUGCAAAGCAACAUUAUUUUUUCCAUCGUCUGCUUCACUGGUGUGGUGGCGGGAAAUUACAAUCAAAAGUACCUUGAAAUUUUACAAGGUACUAAGAUUGUUAAUGUUGUGUCAUCUUUUAAUGACAUCUCGAUUCUUGAAUGUGGCAGAAAUUGCAUGGAGUAUGCCCAGUGCGUGCAGGCUGGAUACAACACAUGCUCUCAGACAUGUCAGAUAUCGUCUGACAAUACUACAGUUACAGACCCUGACUCCGUUGUCAUCAAAUUUUCAGACGUUUGUGGAUCCCCGCAGACACCGAAAAAUGGGAACGUUGAAAUAUCCAGUGAUGGUAAAAUUGCAACUUUCUCCUGCGAUAACGACUAUACUUUAGCUGGGACUGAAAUUCUUCACUGUAUGCAUGGUUCCUGGAACGGAACUGUUCCCACUUGUGCAGGAGCUGACUGCGGACCGCCGAUCCUUCCCGCAAACGGGGAUCAUUUCAGUUACACGGGAACUGCCUUGAAUGAUGUUGCUACCUUGGUAUGUUUGCCGGGAUUUGCACCUACAGUUAACAGUGUAACGUGUCAGACAGACGGACAGUGGGAAAGUUCAUCUUGUACAGAAGAUUGUGGAACAGCUCUUGAAACAGACUAUAUUAAUGUAAGAGCUUCCUACCCUCUCGGAUCACAUGCUGGGGCUACAGCCACAGUCGCCUGCGCCCCAGGGUAUAAAAGUGACAGCGGUUUAACGUCUUGGACUUUUACAUGCGAUGCGACCGAUUCCCAGUGGAAAAUUGCUCAAGCUCCUGACUGUAUUUGGGAGUUAAUGUUCCGCGGUUCAGCGGAAAAUGGCUACAAUGUCACCGAUGCGUUCCUCUUCGGCUAUGGGAGUGACGGAGUGACAGAUGAAGAAGGCUGUAAGGAUGUUUACAACACAAGCUGUACCUUAAACUACAGAAACUCGAAGGUUGACCAAUGGGAUCUUUUAAAUAUCCAGGAGGUAACUUAUGAACUCUACGACAACACAAAUGUUCUCUCUGUAAGAUUUGAUGGAUCUGGUUCAACGAUCAACAACUGGUUUUCAACUUCGCGUGUCAUUGAACAUCCAUGGAGUAUCCCAGUACUUACCAACACUUGGUGGGACCUGAACGGUCCAACUGAUAUAAUGUAUGGCAGAUCGUUUAGGAUGACUGCUGGAUAUGAAAUUGACGCUGUUCCAUGUAAAGAUCACUUUUACACGGUUGUGUUUUUCCCACCACUCUGGAGCUGUUCCUACGACGUCUUUGACAACUAUCCAAAGUUUACAUAUUCGGCUUUAACUGGAGGCUCCAUAUACUCUUAUGAAACAUUCUAUACCGCUGCAACAAUGGGAAUAUGGGUAAAAUACUACUAAAACUUCAGUGUGGAUGAUACUAAACAAGAAAUAUAAAUAACAGUAACUGAAGUGUGUAUAAACUAAAUAUUGUAUUUUUCCUAUAUUUACUUCGACUGAAUCAAUGUCUUAUCAGUCCCAAUAGAUGGCCUGUGUUAUAAUGUAUUACUAUAUUUAUAACUAUGCUAAAUAUAACUAAAUGCACAUUGUCCAUUGAUCAAAUUCAAUAUCAUUAGACAUAUGUUAUGCAUCUUUACAUCUUUACCGUACACUGACGCAUGGAAAAAUAGUCCACCGCACCCUGUAUUUAACUACAUCUUUACGGUGCACUGACGCAUAGAAUCAAUAGUCCACAGCACCCUUUAUUUAACUACAUAUUUACCGUACACUGACGCAUAGAAACAAUAGUCCACCGCACCCUGUAUUUAACUACUUCUUUACCGUACACUGACGCACAGAAUCAAUAGUUCGUCGCACCCUGUAUUUAACUACAUCUUGACCGUACACUGACGCAUGGGAACAAUAGUCCACCGCACCCUGUGUUCAUUAUAUCAUAUCCUAAGAUGUGUACAGGUAAUUCAAUCUUUCAGUGCUUUCGUGGUAACUAUUGUGUGUGUACAUAAUUUUCAAACUACCACAAUUAUGUCAAACAUUGUCAUUAAAGUGUCAUUGUUAUAACCAACAUCGAUUUGCAUUCGUCAAACGUUAUCAUUUCAAGUAAUACUAUUGUAUGUGGGAUAUAUAUUUAUCCUUGUACAGAAUUUCAGUGAAUGCAUUUUGCAUCAACAGUAAACCCCGCCUAUUAAAUCGUGUUUAUUUUUUAUUUGCCGUAAAGUUCUUAUAGAUAUCGAUAUGCAUCCUGAGGGAAGCCCAUUUGAAAUUAUAAA